AAUGUGCUAAACGAAGAUUAGACCUAUGUGAUUAUUCGCGUUAAUGACAACCCUUCUUUUUGUUCAAGAUGGACUCAAUCUUUCCUCUUCAAAACUGAAAUCAGAAACGCCUGACAACCGCACUAUCCAGGACUUUAUAGAGGAUUAUGUAGAUGAAUAUAUAGAUGGACUCAAUCUUUCCUCGUCACAGGCGAGUAAUAAGAGCAACUUCCAGAACUUUGUUGAGGAUUAUGUUGAUAAUUAUAUUGGUGGACUCAAUGUGACCUUAUCACUAGCACAACUGCAGCUGCCUGGUAACCAUACUAUCCAGAGCUUUGUAAGAGAUUUUGUAGACAACUAUGUGGGUGCACUCAAUAUUUCCUCAUCACAGCCGAAAGCACGACCGCCUGAUAACCGCACUAUUCAGAACUUUGUAAAGGUUUACGUAGACAAGUACGUGGGUGCACUCAAUAUUUCCUCAUCACAGCCGAAAGCACGACCGCCUGAUAACCGCACUAUUCAGAACUUUGUAAAGGUUUACGUAGACAAGUACGUGGUUGCACUCAAUAUUUCCUCAUCACAGAGGACUGAUAUCCAAACUAUCCAGAACUUUGUAAAGGAUUUUGUGAAUGAGUAUGUGGAUGGUCUAAAUAUCAGCUCACCACAAUCACCAACCACUGAAAACCGCACUAUUCAGAGCUAUGUUAAGGCUUAUGUCAAGAAGUUUGUAGUUGGACUCAAUUUAACCUCAUCAGAGAUGCGACAGCAACUUCUAGAUAACCGCACUAUCCGGAACAUUGUAAUGGAUUAUGUCGACGAGUAUGCGGGUGGACUUAACUUUUCCUCGUCACAGUCACAACCUCGACCGCUUGAUAACCGCAUUAUCCAGAACUUAGUAAAGGAAUAUGUGGAUGAGUAUGUGGAUGGUCUUAAUAUCAGCUCGCCACAGUCGCAAUCACCAACUAUUGAAAACCGUACUAUCCAGAGCUAUGUUAAGGAUUAUGUAGAGACGUUUGUAGAUGGACUCAAUUUAACCUCAUCAGAAAUGCGACCACAGCUUCUAGAUAACCGCACCAUCCAGGACAUUGUGAUGGGUUAUGUCGAUGAUUAUGUGGGUGGACUUAACUUUUCCUCGUCACAAACACAACCACAGCCACUGGAUAACCGCACUGUUCAAAACUUUGUAAAGGAUUACGUAGACGAGUAUGUGGGCGGACUGAAUAUUUCCUCGCCACAAAUGCAACCACACGUACUGCCAGAUAACCGCACUAUUCAGAACUUUGUAAAAGAUUAUGUGGAUGAAUACGUCGGUGAACUCAAUCUUUCUUCCUUACAAUCACCACAACCGCCAAACAACAGAACCCUCCAGAGUUUUGUAGAAGCUUAUCUAGAUGCGCACAAUGUUUCUUCGUCACUACCGCAACUACAACCGUCUAAUAAUCGCACGAUCCAGAAGUUUGUGGAAGCUUAUGUUGAUAGGUAUAUAGAUGGACUCAAUCUUUCCUCAUCAAAGCCACGACUACUAUCGCCGAAUAACCGUACUAUCCAGGAAGUUGCCGAGGCAUAUGUAGACCAGUACCUAGAUUACCUCAAUCUUACCUCCCCGCAAGCGCAACUAGGACCUGAUAAUCGCACAAUCCAGAGUUUUGUUAGGGAUUAUGUGGACGAGUAUAUAGACGGUCUCAACCUUUCUUCGUCGCAACCACAACCACCUAAUAACCGCACAAUCCAGACCUUUGUAAAGGAUUAUGUGGAUGAAUACGUCAGUGAACUCAACUUCUCCUCAUCACAACCUCAACUACGGCCACAAGUGCCUGAUAACCGCACUAUCCAGAACUUUGUCAAAGCUUUCGUCGAUGAACAUAUAAGUGAGUGGCACAAUGCGCACAAUGUUUCUUCGUCACUACCGCAACUACAACCGUCUAAUAAUCGCACGAUCCAGAAGUUUGUGGAAGCUUAUGUUGAUAGGUAUAUAGAUGGACUCAAUCUUUCCUCAUCAAAGCCACGACUACUAUCGCCGAAUAACCGUACUAUCCAGGAAGUUGCCGAGGCAUAUGUAGACCAGUACCUAGAUUACCUCAAUCUUACCUCCCCGCAAGCGCAACUAGGACCUGAUAAUCGCACAAUCCAGAGUUUUGUUAGGGAUUAUGUGGACGAGUAUAUAGACGGUCUCAACCUUUCUUCGUCGCAACCACAACCACCUAAUAACCGCACAAUCCAGACCUUUGUAAAGGAUUAUGUGGAUGAAUACGUCAGUGAACUCAACUUCUCCUCAUCACAACCUCAACUACGGCCACAAGUGCCUGAUAACCGCACUAUCCAGAACUUUGUCAAAGCUUUCGUCGAUGAACAUAUAAGUGAGCUCAAUUUUUCCUCGUCAGAACUGCAACUACAACCUUCAAAUAACAGAACUAUCCAGAACUUUGUAAAGGAUUACGUAGAUGAGUACAUAGGCGGACUCAAUCUGUCAGCCUCGUCAGAACUGCAACCACAAUCGCCUAAUAAUCGAACAAUCCAGAACUUUGUGAAGGAUUAUGUACAUAAGUAUAUAGCUGGACUCAAUCUUUCCUCGUCUGAACCUAAUAACCUCACCAUUCAGAGCUUUGUAGAGUCUUACGUAGAUAAGUAUAUAGGUGAACGAGAGUUUCCUUCCUCACAAGUGCCUGACAACCGGACCAUCCAGAACUUUGUGGAAGCUUAUGUAGACGAAUAUGUCGGUUAGUAUACUGUAUUAUUAUAUUGCUGU